AGCCCCUCUGGCCCCUCAAGCAGCUGCCGCAGCCUGCGCAGCUCGUUUCGGCUCUGCCGCGCCAGCCCGCGGUGGCUCAAGGCGCAGGGAUGGCCGCAGCUCACGGCGCCGCCGCGGCGAGGGCGGGCAAGCGCGGCCGCGGCCGCGGCGCGCCGCUGGCCUGCGGGCUGCUGCUCUGCGCCCUGGCGGCCGCGGCGGUGCUCGCGCCCUCGGCCGCCUGGGCGGCGCCCGCGCCCGGCAGGCGGUCUGCCGCUGCCGCCGGCCUGGUCGCCACCCUCGGGGCCGCCGUCAUCGGGGCAAUCCCAGCCCAGUGGGUGCUGUCAGCACCGAGAACGAUCCCGACCUGUCGAUCAGCUUGAAGAGGAGCAAACUCACCGAGGAGCAAUUGAAGAAACGAGAGGAUGAGCGUAGGGCAGAGGCGGAGAGGCAAGACAAGCUGUUGCAGACCUUCAGGGGUUGGUUCAGCAAGCUCGCCAACGAGGAAUCCACCACCGAGGUGCGCGUGGAACAGCUGACUCUCAUGAAGGACUCCGUGGUGGCGGAGAAGGCCCUCCCAAACGGAAUCACCCGCGAAGACAUCGUGAAAGGCAUCCGCAACAUCAAGUACAACAUCGGCUGCAUCAAGGAUAAGCCCAAGAAGGACCCUGACUGCAAGGCCGUCGAGAAGGGCUAUAUGCAGCUCCUCGCCACCAUCGACAAGACGUACGACCGCAACAUCAUCACUCGCUGAGUGGCCGGAAGCGGUGCGAACCCAUCUGAGCUGCUCUUGCGGCAGAUUUUCAGCCGUGUUCGAGCGGGUUUCCUCCCUCCUGGCUCAGAGUCCCAAGGGAGGGACGCCCUCAAGCAGGAUGGUUUGAUCGACUUGAAGCACGGGCUCGCAGUGUUCUUCCUCCCCCUCCUCCUCCUCCUCCUC